CAUCAUCUGAAAAAUGGACGGUGCAGAGCCAUCGUCUCCAAAUUCUCACAACUACUCCCCUGCCGAGCACAAUCUUCUUCAACUUCAUCGCGUUCUUCACCAAUGGCUGCAAUUUCCAGUCUCAAACCCUCCAUCUCCAUGUCUCGUUCGUUUCACAUAUCUUUCACCGCGCCUUCUUUACCAAAUUCAAUUAAACCCCUCGAAAAUCUCCACUCUCCGAGCUCGUUUCCAAUGAGAAUCAAGCUCAAUCACGUUCCUCCAUUAUCAUUAUCUAGAAGAUUGUUCGUUCCUUCCGUCUCUGGAAUUUGGGACGCCCUAACAGGGGGAAACAACCCUCGCGACGCUGUUACUGCUAUUCGACGCGGAAUGCUUCUCUUCAGAGAGGGCGAUGUUUCAGGAUCUUUAGCAGAAUUCGACAAGGCAAUUGAAUUGGAUCCUCGUCAAAAGGCAUAUCUUUGGCAAAGAGGGCUUUCACUUUACUAUCUUGAUAGAUUUGAAGAGGGAGCCGAGCAGUUCCGACUAGACGUUGCACAAAAUCCGAACGACACAGAGGAAUCUAUUUGGUGCUUUGUUUGUGAGGCUCAAUUGUAUGGAGUUGAUGAAGCAAGAAGGCGAUUUCUUGAGGUAGGUAGAGAUCCACGAUCAGUCAUGAGGGAAGCUUAUAAUAUGUUUAAAGAUGGUGGCCAUCCUGAGAAUCUUGUUGCUGCCUUCUCAAGUGGCCGUGAGAAUGAAUACUUUUAUGCUUCUCUAUAUGCUGGGCUUUAUCACGAAGCAGAGAAAAAAUUGGAUGCUGCCAAACAGCAUAUAGUUGCAGCUUGCCAGUCUCCAUAUGGACAGAGGUCUGAUGAUUACAUGGCCGCUCUUGCCAAAGUUCACUGCCUCUGUCGAAACUGGAGUUGAAGUUAGUACAAUUUUCAGCUAAUUGCUUUGAUGCCAUAUUCUACAAUUUCUCUCUUUUCCUUCCCGUGUUCACUCUAGCGUUUUAGAUCGGAAUUCAAAUUCUAACGAUAUCAUAUGAGGAUGCCUGAACCAAAUUGGUUCGGAUCGUAAUCUAUCCAUUUCAAGUGGGUUGAAAAAAAAAAGAAGGUGCAUUUUGGUCUUUUUUUCGUUGAAUCCAACAUGGGAGUGGAGAGGAUUCAAGCCUCGGGUCUCUUAGUCAGAUUAUAUAUUUUAACUUGUUAAUUUAUGUUCGAAUUGACUCUAACUUGUUGUGAGAGUGAGUAAGAUUCAAGUCCUCGAUCUCUUAGUCAAGAAUAUAUGCCAUAAUUAGUUAACUUAUAUUC